UCCCAGCUCUGUCUGUCUCUGUCACACUGUUCUGCCUGUCCCACACUUGUCAGUCAUGAAUCUUAUGUUCCGCAAGAACUUCAGCGGCGAGAAGGGACUCGGUGGUGGUGGAGGAGGAGGCGGCGGACUGGAGGGUCGGUCGACCCUCGGCACCGCUUACGGGCCGUCCACUUUGGGGUACACGGGGACUCGGUUCGGCGUGGUGCGCGGCGCCGGCCAGUCGGCCGUCGGGACGCGCGCACCGAUCCGACGCAGCAGAGAGUUCGGCUACUUCCCCUCGAUGGCCGAUCACGAGCACCAGGGCUUCGGCUACCGGACUCAUCUGUUUCUCACGCCACCGACAGGCGGCGCCCUCGGCUCGCCGCCGGAUGAGCCAACCGAGAGGCUUGGGCCGCCACCCAGGAAGAACUCUGGGCCCCAUGUGAUCAAGUGGGGCGGUGGUGGGGGCGCUGGCAGUGGUUCGGCGCAGGGAUCCGGAGCUGGGGGUCAGGCCAGGAGGAAACAGGUCCAGACUGCGCAGCAGAAGGAACCCUCGGAACCACCUACACCCACUGCUUCGAGACAGGUUUCCUUCAGCGGUAACCGAGCGUCUGGCGCGUACACGCCCCUGGUGGUUUCCGGAAACAGCCCUCCGCGUGGCGAACCAAUCUCCCUGGCCACCUUGGACCGCGACUGUUUCAUCAUUCCCCUAGCUUCUCUCGAACGUUUUUUACCCGCGGGAGUACCGCUUUAUUCCAACUCGUUCCAGCACGCGCCAAUCGCGGACAAGAAGAGACCAGGAAGCCCUCUGUCGGUCCUCGAAGUCGAGGACCCGAAGCAAUGUGUUCUCGCCCACUUUAUGACGCCCCUGGAGCCACUGGAUCCUUUGGUCGAGUCUCCAGUCUCGCGACCUUUGGUCCUCCAACGUGACACCGCGGCUGAAUUGGUCGCCGAAAUUGCGCCCUCUGCUUCCCAGAGCAUCUUGCUCACGAACAUGGAGAAAAAUUCGGACUUUCCCUUCAUCACCUAUUACCUAAUAAACAAGCAGAACACGGAUCCCGUAGAUUUCUAUAAUGAGGUUCAAUGCGCUGCUCUGAGGAAGUUCGACCCUCGGGACCUUCGUUACGCCGCCAGUCACACGUUGGAUCUGUUCAACGAAGUGGCCACCAUAGCCAGGCCACCACUGGAGCCACCUGGUGUCAGACCACCGAUUCCGUCCACCGGUUAUAUUGUCUCGAUUUUUAAGGUUUUCGAGGGCGACGACGGCCUCAAGUUCGAGCAGAACUGGCUCUAUUGGACCGGUGCCCGUAUGAUGUACCGAUAUUUGCCGAGAUCGGUGGGCCUGAGACGAAUCACACUGCACAAGUCCAUGUCGCAGGGCGACAAGAUGUACCUCCUGAUCUGCGAAUGUUCGCAACUGCAAGACAAUCUCUCCGCGGCGGCGAUAUUGUUGCCCGCGCUACGGGCCCGUUUGUGCGGCUACACCGGUCUCUACAGGCCCUCGGUGUGCUUCUGAUUCCUCAGGAAACGCUGACCACGCGCACACAACGUCAAAGCGGUGCAACAGGACAGGGCCACUUUGUAAAUUUCCCAUUUAUUGGGGAACGAAUCGUUUGGAACGAGGCUGGCCCCCUGUUUAUUCGUUCAUAUCGGACUCGCUGCGAUUCAGAGUUCGUGGCGUUGCGUGGUUUAGCGUUGCUAUCUACUCACCGAACGCAAUAUUCUGCUCUAGUCGAUAAGGGUCUCUUGGUCUAGCAUGGCAAGAGAAUCGCUUUGAUCAGCGAAAGACAUGGGAACGUAAAGCUUUAUCGUUACACGAUAAAACCUCUGUGUAAUGGGGAGCUUUCAAGGGCUCGUUUCGUUCGGUCGUAAUAACAGCCUCUGCAAUAUUUGUAGCCCGCUCUCUGUACAAUACAUACACUUUGAUCGUUUCACGAAUUCUCCCGGUUUUAUAAAGUCACUUAUUUUCUUAUAUCGCACCAUGUACCACCGCGGUGUAACGAGUUUCGCGUGGUUGUAACGCGCCACUCGCCACUUUAUCGAGCUGUACUGCCGACGUUAUUACGAAUCUCGCAUUCUCACGAAACGAGCUCUACCGCCACUCCCUUGCCAGAGUUCAGUGGCCAGUCAACGGGAGAAAUCGGAGACCUAUUUUAUCUCGUGAUCUCUGGUCACAACGAAAUGGUAAAAGAUAUCGUUAAAGGGAGGCACGUUCGUAUACGCUUUAGGGAAAUCUCGAUGAUAAAUCUGUACGCUUCGGGCUGCAUACCCGUCUAGCAACGCCUCUGGCCAGUUUGUAUUUUUCGACUUUACAUAUUUCAUCCAGCGUUUUAUGCGAGCGUACGCGUCGUUCGAUAACCGAGCGCAACUUGCAUGUACAUAACAUAGAGAUUUGCGAGACACUUUUAUUACUAUAUCGACGACUAUCGAUUAAAUCGCUAACUACAUAUCAUAUACUCGAAAAACUGUGAUAUUCGAACGAUUGCCGCAUAUAUCACAACGAACGCAGUGAGAAGGUGUCGCGAAAACUUCUUGAUAAAAGGAUACUCUUUGAAAAUGCUACACACACUCUUUUUCGAGAUCAGUUAGAGGAAGAAAAAUCAAAUCUCGGCAUGAUACAGGCUUUUCAGGUCGAGAGCGCUCUGUAAACAUAAUCUUCAGAUCUUUUACUAAUUGCAUUCACACGUUUGAUAUUACAUAUCCUUGCCUGGAUUAUCGAUACUCGCGGGUUUUCAGUGCAAACGACGUGAUUUACGGAUGAAUUAUGACUUCGAAGUUGAAACUGCGAGUUUAGCACGUUCUUUGUUUAACUUCUGAAUUUGUACUUCGUUCGUCGUUAACGAUGAAAGGAUAGAUCUCUCGCGUCUUUUUUAUCGCUGUGAGGAAAAAGUAGAUCGAUCGACAGACACGGAGAAAGCUUAUACCAGAUCUUUCUUAGGUGCCCGUAGAAAUUUUAGAGUGAGGACGAGUAGUGUGAUUCGGCAUUGUAGUACAAAAGACGAGAAAACAAAUAAAAACGUAUAGUCAAUAUACGCUUGUUGCAUACAGACAAUAGCUAGAAUGAUUGCGCAGGCGCGAUCAGUUAACGUAGAUUUUUAAGGAUCCAACGGCGUAUGACUUAUUACAAUACGUCCCUUCGUACUCGCUGAAACAAAAAUGUGGAACAAGAUGCCCUUUAAAUAUAAGACGAACGAACAAACAAACGAGAAAUAAAAAAAAAAACUCGCGAUUUUACUGUGAUCCCCACGUGUAUCGCGAUUGAAACGAUACACUCAUAAAAUAUGUGUGCGAUUGAGCGCGGCUCAAAGACCGCGUGACUGCGUGACUCGAUUACGUGAGGUGUGAUUGUCAUUGAAGAGAAACGCUGUUAAAUAACGAUUCUUUGCCUGCACAAGUUUGUUUAUGAAAAUACUUUUGCUCCACGAGGGAGUAACGCCUCUUCAGGGUAACAUUGCGAUCGUACCAGAAAAUCGAGUUCUAUCUGCGGAUCCGAUCGCGGAAUCCUGACAGUUUCAUUAGAUAAAAUGAGAUUGUACGAUACAUUGAUACUUCGCAAUUAUAAUAGAAUUUAUUAUAUCAUGUACAACGAAUAA